AGAGAGAGAGAGGGAGAGUUUGCGUGGGGAUAAUUUUUGUUUCUUGAAUUAGAGAGAGAAGUGCUUCAGGGGAGGAGGAGACAUGAAGAUCACGGCGUUGCUGGUGCUGAAAUGCACUCCCGAGGGUUCCGAUCCGGUGAUCCUAGCCAACGCAUCCGACGUCAGCCGUUUCGGGUACUUCCAGAGACCCAGCGUCAAGGAAUUCAUCGUUUUCGUCGGCAAGACCGUCGCCGGACGGACCCCUCCCGGCCAGCGCCAAUCCAUCCAGCACGAAGAGUACAAGGUGCAUUCCUAUAACCGAAAUGGCUUGUGUGCAUUGGGUUUUAUGGAUGAUCCCUAUCCGGUUCGAAGUGCUUUUUCACUGCUAAACCAGGUCUUGGAUGAGUACCAAAAAAAUUUUGGCGAGUCUUGGAGAUCUGUAAAUCCAGGUGGUACUACUCCAGAAUGGCCCUAUUUAGCUGAAGCUUUAAAUAAAUUUCAGGAUCCAGCUGAAGCUGAUAAGCUGUUGAAAAUUCAAAAGGAAUUGGAUGAAACAAAAAUUAUUCUUCACAAGACAAUUGACAGCGUUCUGGCACGGGGCGAGAAGCUUGACAGUUUGGUUGAGAAGAGUUCUGAUCUGAGUGCAGCUUCACAGAUGUUCUACAAGCAGGCAAAGAAAACAAACCAGUGCUGUACAAUUUUAUAAGCAAUUUCUAUCACGUAACAGAGGGGUCAUCUGUGGUCUCUGCAUAUUCCUGUGGAGUCUUCCAGGUGAGACAGUGAAGAAGAAGAAAGAAAAAGACGGAGGAGAAGUCUAUGUUUAUAUAUUGAUCUUUUCUUUUGAUUUGUGUGAUUCAAUACUUUUAAUUUUCUUGUUCUGUGCAACGGGCAAAGAUGCUUUAUCUCACAUUAACAUAUUAUAAAAAUGUUUCUUGGUUGUUUUUGGCUCUCUUUCCAUAAACCGUUCCCACAGGCUAUAGCUAUUUUCAUUAAUAUAUAUUCUAAUAUAUGGUAAAUUUGUUG